GUGUCAGAUCGGCGCUGUCACUGCUGGUGAUGGAGAGAUCCUAGUCUCUCCUCUUUCCCGUCGUCCAUGUGGUCCUCGCGGCUCUGGGCGGCCCUGUGCCUCGUGCUCUCCGCCUCGUGCUCCAAACACGGAUGUUUGUUUGAGAAGACGCUGUGCGCCCGAGAGCAGAUCUGCAGCGAUGAUGGUUUGUUUGGUUGGUGCCACAGUCCGGAGCAGGUCCCAGUCCAGUACCAGGUCUCAGGUGUGGUCCUGCAGCGCCUGCAGCAGGUCCUCAGGGAUCUCAUGGAACAAGGUCUGACGUGGAGAGAUGACAUGACUCAAGCCGUCAUCAGUCAAGAGCUGAGCAGAGUCCCUACAGCCGGGAAAGGGCCCAUAGAGAGGGCCAAACAGAUCCUCCCUGGUCCUGGUCUUGGCCCUGGUCUCGGUCUUGGACCUGGUCCAGAGCCACAGUCUCCUGCCUCUCUGGAUGAGCAGCUGAUGCAGCAGUUUGUGGACUACAUGAUUUUAGAUCCAUCGCAGUCAUCUGUGGACCCGUACUCUUUCAAACAGCAGCAGCAGUUCGGAUACCAGGACGAGGAGGAGCGUUCCCUGAACUCUUUGGACCAAAACCCGAUCUUGACCCAGUCAAAGUCCUGGUCUCAGUCUUUGGACUCAGACCAGCAGCUGCUCCAGGACCUGGACUCUUAUUAUUUGGGCCGCCCAUCCUCCACCUCUUCGCACCACACAGGGACGCUUUUCCCAAACUUGGACAUUCCUCUGGAUUAUGGUCAGGACCUCGUGUCUCAGGCCAAACGGCAGCAGAAAAUCAAGAAACCACAAAAACAAACUUUUGAUGAGGGUCCAGUGCAGAGUCUGGCCUCUCUGUUGGAUUACAUCUCAGAGUCAGACAGAGAUCUACCGUCUUCUCUCAAACAGCUCAGUCUGGACUCCUCCUACCAUGGCCUGCUCAAAGACACAUAUGGAAACAGUGCGGGUUCAGGAAAGAAGUUCACGGAGGCCUCCAUGUCGUAUAAAUCUGGCAUUUCUUCUUCUAAAUCUGCAAAAGUGCCUGAGAUGGCUCCUGAAACGGCUCCUGAGAUGGCUCCUGAGACGGCUCCUGAGACGGCAGAGUUGACCCGCAAUGGAGAGAACGACCAGAGUGCAGUGGAGCCUGCGUUGAAAUUCAAACCCAACUCUCACAACGUGACGAGCUCAAAUAAAGCAGUUGUGGAGAAGACUUUUACUGAACAGCUCCAACUGCACGAUGAUGGAGCGGUGCAUGUUGGGAAGGCGUUACCAUUGGCGUCUCCGGUGCAGCCGCGGUCGCACUGGGCCUUUGUCACGCUGGUCGUCAUGGCCAUCGUCGGCAGCGUUCUGGUGGCUGCCAUGACGAUAGCCUGUCUCCGCCACCACGCCCACCGCCUGGCAGCCAAAAAACUGGGCUUAGGCCCAGAGGCAGGAACCUUCACCCACCAGGAGUAUCAGGACCUGUGUCGUCAGCACAUGGCGUCCAAAGGAGCGUUCGGGCGGCUAGAGGCAGCGGCUUUAGGCGCUGUGGGAGGAACCAGCGGAGGAGGAGCCAGUGGAGGAGCAGUGGCUGGGGCUUAUGGAGGUGCAGUGGGUGGCGCUUAUGGAGGUGCGGCGGGCGGGGCUGACUCCAGAGUGAGCAGUGUUUCUUCUCAGUUCAGUGAAGGAGCUCAGGCCAGCCCCAGCUCGCACAGUAGCACCCCCUCCUGGUGCGAGGAGCCAGCACAGGCCAACAUGGACAUCAGCACGGGUCACAUGAUCCUGGCGUACAUGGAGGACCACUUGAGGAACAAGGACCGCCUUCUGCAGGAGUGGCAGGCGCUGUGCUCGUACCAGGCCGAGCCCAGCGCCAUGGGAACAGCUCAGAGCGACGCCAACGCCAAGAAGAACCGCUGCCAAGACUCCCUGCCCUACGACCAUGCCAGAGUGAAGCUCAAAGCUGAGAUUAACCCUUCACGCUCCGACUACAUCAAUGCCAGCCCCAUCAUUGAGCACGACCCUCGGAUGCCUGCAUACAUCGCCACUCAGGGCCCUCUGUCCCACACCAUCUCUGACUUCUGGCAGAUGGUGUGGGAGCACGGCUGUACAGUGAUUGUGAUGCUCAGCGCUUUGGUCGAGGACGGAGAGAAACAGUGUGACCGAUACUGGCCCGAUGAAGGCUCCUCUCUCUACCACAUCUACGAAGUGAACUUGGUGUCAGAGCACAUCUGGUGUAAUGACUUCCUGGUUCGUAGUUUUUACCUGAAAAACGUGCAGACGCAGGAGACUCGGACGUUGACGCAGUUCCACUUCCUGAGCUGGCCAGCACAGGGCAUUCCCACGUCCAGUCGCCCCCUGCUGGACUUUCGCCGAAAAGUGAAUAAAUGCUACAGAGGACGCUCCUGCCCCAUCAUCGUGCACUGCAGUGAUGGAACCGGACGCACAGGGACCUACGUCCUCAUCGAUAUGGUUCUAAACCGCAUGGCCAAAGGUGUGAAGGAGAUCGACAUCGCUGCAACACUGGAACAUGUUCGAGACCAGAGGCCUGGGAUGGUCCGCACCAAGGACCAGUUUGAAUUCGCUCUGACAGCCGUGGCUGAGGAAGUGAACGCCAUUUUGAAAGCUCUUCCUCAGUGACCUCUGACCCCUGCUUAAAUUCUGUGUCCCUAUGCGUCUUUGUAGCCAAAACAAGAUGGCUGACCCCAAAAUCACAGCAUUUUAACUGAGGAGGAUCCUGUGAAAUGAGGCCUUCAACUAAAAACACAACAACUAACAUCUAUAAUGCUUUAACAAUGUGUUUGUCCUAAAGGCAAAGCAAGAGCCACAGGAGUACACUGAAACACACUACUACUACUGCUACUACUACUACUAUUACAACCACUACUACUACAACUACUACUUCUACUACUACUGCAACUACUGCUACUAAUACAGUAUCUAAACCAGGUUUAAAAAGACAGAAAAAUAUAAAACUCUAAUGAAGACAAACCAAGAUCUAAACUAGGAUUCAAUCAGAAAUAAUUUUGGGACUAAAAUUGGACUAAAGCAGGAACUAAAGCGGGACUGAAGUGGGACUGAAGCAGGACUAAACCGUGUCUAAAUCAGGUCUAUUCUCUCCAGUGUUUCCUGUGUUUCAGGCUUUGUCAUGACUCCUGUUUACAGCUCUGUCCCUUUAACCCACUGCCUAUAGCCACAAAGUUUACUCAAAUAAGACAAGCAUGAAUUUAAAACACAUUGACCAGAAUAAGCUUCAUGUUCCCUCCCUUUCCUCCUCGUCUCCUUUCCUCCUCGUCUCCUCUCUCCUUUCCUACCUCCUGUUGCCUCCUUUUCUUAACACUAAAGUGAAUCUGAAGAUAUUUAGUGCUUUAAGAUGGUUGUCUCUACUCCCCCUGUGUCCGUGUUGAAUGUAAUUGUUCUUGCAAAUGAAAAAAAUAAGCUAAAAAUAAAUUUAAAGCUAUUCUAUUCUAUAAAAAGAUGUCUAUUUUGUAAGUUGUGAAACUUAAAAUAAUAAACUUUUUGUGUUUAAGUGCUGC